AUGAAUUUGCAGUGUGAUAAUGGCUUAAAAUUGGUAAGACACCUCGACGAUGAUCUUACUCUCGUUCAAAGGACUAUACAACAAGUGAAAUAUUCUCUUCUUCAUGUUGUGUCAUUUGGCUUCAAUAAUAAACUAGAGAAUGCCUAUAGGGCAGGGUUUUGGAAACUAGCUGAGCGGAUGGAUUUCUACAUUACUUUCCAGGGUGUUCAGCAGAACCUUUGGAGGUAUAUAUUAAGACACUUUAUAGUUAAAGAGGAAGCCCUCUCUAAUGUAUCCCCAGAGGAGAUGCAAUGGGAUGAAAAUUUGUUUAAAUCUAAUGUCCCUGUUCUUUCUCUUUAUGGUCCCGUUUAUAUAAACAGGACCAUGUAUCUUUCUUGUCCUGUUGCUCUAGGAUUGGAAACUGGAGGACCACGUGAAAACAGUCAUUUAAGCAGCUAUUACAGGUCAGCAAAGGAGUACAAUGGAAAUCCGGUCCAUAAGUUCAUUUAUCCAAAAUACUACAACUACACGAAUACUGGACUUCCUAAUAUAACAAAAUGUAUACCACCAUCCCCGUAUUCUGCUAUCCCGUUUCCAGUGGUAUUUUUUGAGUGUCGCGAAUAUCAUGCAAUCAUAUACAGAGACCUAUUAGUAGUAUACAGACAAAGAGCAAUACGUCGCGGGCUUGAACCCACCGUUCUGAAUGUUGUGAGGAUAUUUCGUGAGCCACCAUACGAAAUUUUGGUUCAGUUCCUAGAAAAUGGGGAGAUGCAGUAUGUUCCAGUUUAUCACGACGAAGAUGUUACACCUGCCGAAAUUGAAUGCUACCACCAGGUGUUCUUGUGGAAGUUGAGGAAUAUGACGAGGAGCAAGUUGGAUUUCGAGACAUUUGAGGAAUUUAUGGAUUGCUGCAAUUUUGUUAGUGAUAGAGAUGUCUCCUCAAACAACGAGGAUCAAUUCUCGGGGGGAUUGGGUAACGUUUGGCAGGCCCAAACCUCAUUUUUUGUGAUUAUUUUUCUUCUUCUUUAUUUUAACGUUAUAUCAUUAGAGGAUAAUAUUCUAUUGUUUUCCUGA